AUGGCCGGCCCCGGAGUCGGUCACCACCUUACCGACGUCGUUCGCGAACUCCUCCUAUCUAUGGGCGAGGCCCCGGUCCCACCUACUCCGCCACAAGGACCCUCUACACGUCGACCACACAGCCCCUCUUCUGGCGCCCCUCGGGAACAUUCAGAGAGCUUCAACCAAGGUCGAUCACUCUCGCCUCCACGACGUCCUUCUCCCGCGCAUGCCUUGGCUGCAGAAUCAGAAGCGACCUCUCGACGGUCGUCCCCCGCGGGCUACCCCGACAAAGCCGGCUUGCCCCUCAAUGGUCGCGGCCGCUCACCCCUUCGUCCCUCAUCUCCUUCUCAGCUCCCUUCGCGAUCUCAAGCUCGGUCGCCUUACUCGCAAGAUCCAGUUUAUCAAACGGCACCUUCCAGUUCUGAUAGGGUAACCGAAACCCCCGAAUUUCCCCAAUCCAAUUACGAUGCAACUUUCCCAACUGCAGGCAGAGGGCAAGAUCCAGAUGGUCGAGGAGUGUUGAGGAUGAGCGAUCACCGACUUUCGGAUCAGUCACAAAUGGGCGGUAUGCGGACCAGCAGCAAUAUUCCAACCCAGCCGAGAAGCCAUAGCGGGAGUCCACUACCACCAUCCGGUCCUUCCCAAGGCUCCAAAAUUGCUGCUGCUUCGCAAAGUCGCGGCUCUCAAAACAUGUCUUUACUCUCAGCACCAACUCGCCCUCGUCGAGGGCCUGGUUCUCGGGAGAGUUCUUGGAUGGGCGUCCCGUCGGCGCGUCGUGUACCAGUCCCCGCGCCAUCGCACGGUGCCCCGGCUGCCCCCCGAGGCUCUUUCACAUCUCCGACUCCCGGCGGAGGAAGUUAUCGAUAUCCCGGGUCCCGACAGAACAGCAUCCCGUCUCCCGGCCAACCCCCGGCUUCACGAUUCAUGAACCACCUCGCUGGGUUGUGCUCGGUGACCCCUGGCGGGAGAACUCUGCCUUCGCUGCUGGACCCGGUCACUGAGAAACGGCUGUCUCAAUUGGAAGCUGAUCAGGUCAAGCUACUGGAACAGAUCGCAGACACACAGCGAGCCAAGAGGACGGGGCUUCGCGAUUGGGACAAGCUGGAUCGAGAAAGCUCGAUCAGUGCGCUUCGAAGCGAGCUGGCCGAGGGUCACCUCCAGCGCAUGGCAGAUGAGAGCAUUGGAGGCAGCAUUUUAUUCUGA